AUGAUUAAACCUGAUAGACCACCAUUUUGUCCUCAUUCUGGAAAUAUUAGGUUAGCAUCUGGUACAAUUUAUAUCGGUGAACGUCCUUCGAAUGAAAAAACUUACAAAUCAAAAGUUGUUAUGUAUCCAUCAAAAAAAAAAGAAAAUAUCAUGACGAAGGCUAGUCAAUACAUAUUUUUACGUUGUCCUGGAAUAUCUUUAUUUGAAUGGUACCGUUUGUUUUAUUUAACUUCUGCACCGGAAGAAGAUUAUAUAUCUAAACAUCUAGGUUUAGGAGAAUAUGAUUGGAAACAGUUUCUGAUUAUUGCAGCUGCAGGAUGUAAAUCUGUCAAAAGUGACGAUACAGUUACUACAAUUAUAACCUUAGCAACAGCUUUACUCAUAUCAUCAUUUUGCUAUGCAAGUACUAAUAAUAGUAGUGAUAACAGCAAUUCCAGCAAUAAUACAGCAAAAUUGAAAUCCAUCGAAUGUCAAUCCAAUGUUAAUAAUGCUAUACGAGAUUCGUCAUCAUUGUCACCAACAAAAUUAUUAAAAUCAAAACGUAAAAAACGAUCAAAUAAACCAAAAAGAACUCCACGUCCACCAAAUGCCUUUAUACUUUAUCGCAGAGAAAAGCAAUCCGAAGUGACUGCGAAAAAUGACAAAUUAACUAAUGCCGAUGUCUCAAAAGUUAUUUCAAAAAUGUGGUGGAAAGAAUCCGAACAAGAAAGGUUUAGAUGGGAAAAAACUGCCGAUCGUAUGAAAUUACUUCAUAUGCAAGAAUAUCCAGAUUAUGUUUAUAAGCCAAAAAAAUCUAUUAACAAAAAACGUAAAAAAAUCAUUCACCAAAAAAAUCAACAACAACGGUUUUGA